GAGAGAGAGAGAGAGAGAGUAGAUAAACAUAACAACAGUAGUAGCUCCUCCAUGAUUCCUUCUCUACAUACUCUUACGUCUUCUUCCUCGUAGUCUCUAGUUUCCUCCUUUCAUUAGAUUUCAUAAUAAAGCUUUACUUUUCUUUUCAAUGAAAGCUCGGAAAUGGAGAAUAUGGGUUUGAGAACUAUUAACUGAUAUGGCUAUCUGGGAACUCGGGUUUUCUAAUGGCUGAGUCAACUCGGUGAUUCUGUACCGACACGAGAAAACAGAACAUAAAGGUUGUAGCUUUCUUGUUUUUUGAGGUCUCUAUUUGUGUUUUUCUUUUCUGGGUGUUUGCAAAAAGCUGAAAGUUGUAAUCUUUGGGGGAAAACAAAAGUCUUUUUCUUGUGUUUUGUAUUUUGUCCUUAAAAGGAUAAGUCUUGUGUUCUAAGUUAUAUAAGGCAAAUGAUAUUCUGAAGGUUACUUAGGAGUUUGAGAUGGAAGAGCAGUGAGUAUCUAAAAGCUCUGUCUCGUUCACUAAGUUGUGGGGUUUGAUAAGGUUAUGUUCUGUUAGAAAGGAGUAGACUUUGGUAUUAAGGAGUAAUGGCAAUGUCUUGCAAAGAUGGGAAGAUGGGAUGCUUAGACAACGGGAAGUAUGUGAGGUACACACCUGAGCAAGUUGAAGCACUUGAGAGGCUUUAUCAUGACUGUCCUAAACCCAGUUCCAUCCGCCGUCAGCAGUUGAUCAGAGAGUGUCCUAUUCUCUCUAACAUUGAGCCUAAACAGAUCAAAGUAUGGUUUCAGAACCGAAGAUGCAGAGAGAAACAGAGGAAAGAGGCUUCACGGCUUCAAGCUGUGAACAGGAAGUUGACGGCGAUGAACAAGCUGUUGAUGGAGGAGAAUGAUAGGUUGCAGAAGCAAGUGUCACAGCUGGUUCAUGAAAACAGCUACUUCCGUCAACACACUCCCAAUCCUACCCUUCCAGCUAAAGACACAAGCUGUGAAUCGGUUGUGACGAGUGGUCAGCACCAAUUAGCAUCACAGAAUCCUCCAAGAGAUGCUAGUCCUGCAGGACUUUUGUCCAUUGCAGAAGAAACUUUAGCAGAGUUUCUUUCAAAGGCAACUGGAACCGCUGUUGAGUGGGUACAGAUGCCUGGAAUGAAGCCUGGUCCGGAUUCCAUUGGAAUCAUUUCUAUUUCUCACGGUUGCGCAGGUGUGGCAGCACGCGCCUGUGGCCUAGUGGGUCUCGAGCCUACAAGGGUCGCAGAGAUCGUCAAGGAUCGGCCUUCGUGGUUCCGCGAAUGCCGAGCUGUUGAUGUUAUGAAUGUGUUGCCAACCGCCAACGGUGGAACCAUUGAGCUGCUUUAUAUGCAGCUCUAUGCACCAACUACGUUGGCUCCACCACGCGACUUCUGGUUGUUGCGUUACACAUCUGUUCUAGAAGAUGGCAGCCUUGUGGUGUGCGAGAGGUCUCUUAAGAGCACUCAAAACGGUCCUAGCAUGCCACUGGUUCAACAUUUUGUUAGAGCAGAGAUGCUACCCAGUGGGUACUUGAUACGUCCUUGUGAUGGUGGUGGCUCCAUCAUACACAUUGUUGAUCAUAUGGAUUUGGAGGCUUGUAGUGUCCCUGAGGUCUUGCGUCCGCUCUACGAGUCACCAAAAGUACUUGCACAGAAGACAACAAUGGCAGUGCUGCGCCAACUCAAGCAAAUAGCACAAGAGGUGUCUCAGACUAACAGUAGCGUCAAUGGCUGGGGACGGCGUCCUGCUGCCUUACGAGCUUUGAGUCAAAGGCUAAGCAGAGGCUUCAAUGAGGCUGUUAAUGGUUUCACUGAUGAAGGAUGGUCGGUGAUGGGAGACAGCAUGGAUGAUGUCACAAUCACUGUGAACUCUUCUCCAGACAAGCUGAUGGGUUUGAACCUUGCAUUUUCCAAUGGCUUUACUCCUGUUAGCAGUGUGGUCUUAUGCGCAAAAGCCUCCAUGCUUUUACAGAAUGUUCCUCCGGCAAUCCUGCUUAGGUUUCUGAGGGAGCACAGAUCAGAAUGGGCUGACAACAACAUUGAUGCAUAUUUGGCAGCAGCUGUUAAAGUGGGGCCUUGUAGUGCCAGGGUUGGAGGAUUCGGUGGGCAAGUUAUACUUCCACUUGCUCACACUAUUGAGCAUGAAGAGUCCAUGGAAGUCAUCAAACUGGAAGGUCUUGGCCACUCCCCUGAAGAUGCAAUCGUUCCAAGAGAUAUCUUCCUCUUACAACUUUGUAGCGGAAUGGAUGAAAAUGCUGUUGGAACAUGCGCUGAACUCAUAUUUGCUCCAAUUGAUGCUUCCUUUGCUGAUGAUGCGCCUCUGCUUCCUUCUGGCUUCCGUAUCAUCCCUCUUGAUUCCACAAAGGAAGUAUCUAGUCCAAACCGAACCUUGGAUCUUGCUUCAGCACUGGAGAUUGGUCCAGCCGGAACAACAAAAGCUUCAACCGAUCAAUCAGGAAUCUCGGGUACAUGUGCAAGAUCUGUGAUGACAAUAGCGUUUGAGUUCGGUAUUGAGAGCCAUAUGCAAGAACAUGUAGCAUCCAUGGCUAGGCAGUACGUUCGUGGUAUUAUCUCAUCGGUUCAGAGAGUUGCAUUGGCUCUCUCUCCUUCUCACAUCAGUUCACAAGUCGGUCUGCGCACUCCUUUGGGUACUCCUGAAGCCCAAACACUUGCUCGUUGGAUCUGCCAGAGUUACAGGUGCUACAUGGGCGUUGAGCUACUUAAAUCAACAAGUGAAGGCAGUGAAUCUGUUCUCAAGAACCUUUGGCAUCAUACAGAUGCUAUCAUCUGCUGCUCAAUGAAGGCCAUGCCAGUCUUCACAUUUGCAAACCAGGCGGGGCUUGACAUGCUUGAGACUACAUUGGUUUCUCUUCAAGAUAUCUCUUUAGAGAAGAUAUUUGAUGACAAUGGAAGAAAGACUCUCUGCUCUGAGUUCCCACAGAUCAUGCAACAGGGUUUCGCGAGUCUUCAAGGUGGGAUAUGUCUGUCAAGCAUGGGGAGGCCAGUUUCAUACGAGAGAGCAGUUGCUUGGAAAGUACUCAAUGAAGAAGAGAACGCUCAUUGUAUCUGCUUUGUGUUCAUCAACUGGUCCUUUGUUUGAAACUUCAAAAAUAAUCUGUUUUUAUUGCAGAAGAUACUUUGGUUGUACUGUAAGACGGUCUCUGUUGUGUUCUUGAUGUUUGCUGUUGAACACAUUAACAGUAUUUUGUUUGAAAACUCGAGAAAAAUGAUGUUUGUGGUUUAUUUGAUUAUGUGUGAUGAUGAUCUUUUAUCUAA